UAGCUACUGCACUACUACAGUUGAAAGUAGGGGACGUGAAGAGGCUAGUCGUGUUUCAUGUUUGAUGGUAUAGUGUAGGAAGUAUUACUGAGGUUGGACUUAGAGUGUUAGAUAAGGAGAGCAUGUUAAUCAAUGAUGUUACGAAGCUGCAUCAGUUGAGACGGCAUAGAUACCUGUGACCUCGAAUAAAGUUAACUGAAAUAGGAUUAGGUUGGGAAGAAGUUAGGGGUAGUGGGAUCAAAACCUGACAUUUGUCCAUCACGUUUCUGACUGAGUCACUUAGGAAGAUGUAGACUACCUGGUUGAGAUGCUGUAGAUUGUAUGAACCAAUGGCUUGAGACUUUUCGUGAUGUGCCUUAAAAUGGUUUCCAAUGGUGCAGACGUAUCCACUCUUAGUAAUCUCUCUUAUCCAUUAAGUCCACAUCUUAUUCCGUGUUACUAUACUUUAUCCCGUACGUUUCUGCUUAUGAUAGCUCCUUUAAAUUUUUUAUUUUUCUUUACCUUUAUGUGCUGAUAUGGAGUGCAGCAGCUUGGAAUGAUGCACUUCUGUACAAAGUCCUACGUCGAAACUCAGUCGGUCAGUCAGCCUGAUUAACGCUUUAGACACUGAAGCUUAUUAGAUGUUUAGGUUGUACUCACUUAGUCAAAAGAAAACCAGGGCUUGACUGAAUACUAGUAGAAUAGCCCGACGCCCUGACUAAGAUGACUGAACAGAUAUCAGUCAGAAGUGGAAGAAAAGCCUUACUUUAUCGAGACUCACAAGUAUAGAGUUUGUGGAGUGUUGACUGACUUGAAGGUUUAUUGCAUCAGAGGUCAGAAUUGUUUGGGAAACCGUCAAAAAACCAGAAAACACUGAAUAUUUUUCCAUUCUAGUUCUUGACUUUUCAGCAGUACACACUCAUCAUUCUACCGGGACUCAAAUCCAGGUUGCUAGGUGGGCCGGUUGGUUAUUCAGCCACUGAUUUGGAGUUCAAUGAAUUCUGGAUUCUUAAUUCCAUCGAUUUUGGAUAUAAUACUACUGGUAUCCAAAGCACCCAAAGAUUAUUUGUUCUCACAGUCAACUCGAUGAACCCCACAGUUUACGAUUUCCUAACAGAAUUCACGAGAGUCCAUCUUGAAGUUAUGGCCAUAGCACACCGAAGACAGUUGGUGGUAAAAUAUUCUGCAUGUGUUAUGCUCUGCCUGGUAUCCCAUUAUGCCUUAUCAUGUUUCAAAGUAUCGGUGAACGUAUGAAUACAAUCAUAACGUAUAUAUUACAAAAAAUCAAUUUAUUAUGUAAAAUUAAAAAGAUUAUCUCACAGACACACUUAAUGAUUGUUAGCUUUACAAUCGGUUCAACUGUAUUAACCAUCGGUGCUGUUGUCUUUUCACGUUAUGAAGAUUGGAAUUAUUUAGACUCAUUUUAUUAUUGUUUCGUAACAUUGACAACUAUAGGUUUUGGCGAUUUCGUUGCCUUACAACGUAACAAUUCACUGGCUAAACGUCCUGAUUAUGUAGCCUUUAGUUUAAUAUUUAUAUUAUUCGGUUUAACUGUUGUCAGUUCAGUGAUGAAUCUUUUAGUGUUAAGAUUUUUAACUAUGAAUACGGAAGAUGAAAAACGUGAUCAACUGGUAGCAGCUGUACACGCACAAGAAUUACAACGUCUACGUGGUGAUGUGAUAUGCGCUGAUAAACAGACAGAUUUACAAGAACACGAACAACACCAUCGCCACCUCCAUCAGCAGCAGCAGCAACAACAACAACAGCAAUAUCAACAGCAGCGACUGGGCUACACCGCCAACAACAAUAACAUUCAACCUUAUCAAGAGAAUAAUAUAAAUCAUUUUGACAAAUAUAAUCAAAUCAUGUUUAUGACAAAUGCACGUCGUUCAAUACAACUUGAAGCCUUGAAAACACCAUUAGGACGAAAAACACUAAUGGAGAACUAUACAAAAUCUGAUAAUUCUAAUGACCAUAAUAUUAAUAAUGAUAAUGAAAAUGAAUUAUGCCAUGACUGCUCAAACCAAGACAAAGCAAAGAUAUUUAAUUUUUGUUUACUUUGCUUAAAAAAGUUACAGUCUUCAUCACCGGGUGUUUUAAACUCGCCUUCUAUUAUAGUGAAUGAUAAGUGUCAGCAUGCACAUGAUGAGAAUUUAAUAUUAUCACCAAUAAUGCAUAAUACUAUGUCGAGUAAUCAUGUCAGUAAAUCUAAUGAGAUUUAUAAAAAUCGUUAUCAUUAUCACCAUCAUGACAAUAAAAGGUGUUCAAUGAAUUAUUUUCCUGAAUAUCCUCGUCAACAGUCGACUGAGUACAAUCACUAUUUAGUCUAUGAUCAAGUCGGCCAACGAGUAUCCAUGAACCCUCAUAAAGACAGCUUAAUAAGUGAUCUACCGAAUUCACCGAAUUCUUUGAACAGUGAUACAUGCUGCAGAAAUCCAUACAUAUAUUCGAAGCAUAUUGCUCACCCACACGCGUCAUCAGAUUCUGAAAUGUCUCCAUCAGUAGGGCAAAGGUGUUCACAUGACUGUAAUUGUGCACAUGAAAUGCUGCAUAGAAAUCAAUUCUACCAAGAAGAUUUCGAGGACGGAGUAGACGUGGAUACUCGGUCAUUGUUACAGCAUAAAAUGUAUAAACAGUACAAUGAAGGAAGGAGUGAUGUACAUUCACACUGUUUAUCACAUCAUGAUUGUACUAAUUAUGCAAAUUAUCCAUUUUAUAACUUCUUUCCAUCUAAUUACAAUCUGCACUCUCCUGAUCAUUUCGCUUCAUCUAGUAAAGAUAGUAAACCUAAAAAAUUCUUUUCUGUUCCCUCACAUCCUUCUUUUGGUUCUAGUGACUUAAAACUUCACUGUGACAAUUUACCGCCAAAAACAUCUUUACAAACUCCUCAACUUUCCUUAUCAAAAAUGAUGACACCAGCAACGAAGUUAUUUCCUUCAUCAAGUCUCAAUAAAAAUCUCUUCAAAUCUGAUCAAUCUUUUGUAAAUACUUCUUCAAAUUGUCAGUAUCCAUCUGAAUGCGUUAAUUUACAAUCGAAUUUAAGCGCUUUAAAUAUAACGCCAACCUCGUAUUUAUCAUAUAAACGCUUUCCUAGAACUCAUCAAGAACAACAGAAAGAAGUCAAUGAAGAAAAUGAAUAUGUCAGAGGAAAUAAGAAACACUUUCUACACGAUAGUGACAUACGUCGGACAAAACAACUUAAUCAUGAUAUACUACUUAUAAAUGAUUCAAGUAGUGUAGAGGAUGAAAUGAAAUAUUCAGCCGAUUCUUCAAUCAUUGAUACAACUCAGAGUAUGCCGAGAAAGAGAUGUGUAUCUGUUUGAAAAAAAAAAACAGGGAAAUUAUUUGACUUUCAACUUUAUACUAAAUCGCUGUUAUCUUGAUAUUAUUAAUAUGAUUAACAAUUUUUAA